CUGUUUCAGUGACAGUUGAUAACUGAGUGUGGCUUCAUCACAGAGACACCAUAGAAACACAAAAUCCGGUUUUCACCACAGAGCGAAAAGGAGCAGACACGCUGAGAUGACAGCUUGCGGCUUCAACAUCAUCAACUUCACAAUUUAUCUGGGCUUCAUCCUACAAUCGAGCCAUGGCUUUGAGGUGAUUCAGCCACAGAGUCAGACCGUAAACCCCGAUGGGUCAGCCUCAGUCACCUGUGAACACAACGCAGAUGUCCAGACUGUCGAAGAUGUUGGACUCAAAGGCAUAUCACUAACAGACAACUCAGUCAAACAACUGCUCUGCCGGAAGGGGAAGAAAGACUGUAAGAACAUUACCAUGCUUGAAGAGAAUCCCAAAAAGUGGCUUUUCAUCAUACUCAACAUUGGGCCAACGGCAAUGAACAUGAAGUACGAGUGUGAGUUCACAGUGAAAAUAAGUGAUCUAGAGACAACCAAGACAGGAACACCAACCAUACUGCUGCCAGGUCGAAAGGAAGUGCCCUGCGUACCUCACCCUACACCUCCUCCUGCGUCUCAUCAGCUCAGGUGGAUUAUAAUUGGUCUGCUGGCUCUGAUCUUUCUGUACAGCUGUGUCAUCACAUCCUUCUACAUCAGUCUGAGGUGCUGCAACCGAGAGCCCGAGAACUGCACAUAUGUAGAAAUGAGGAAAGCUCCUCAGCCAAGGAAUCAACCUAUGGACAUUUAUGGGUAGUUGGCUCGUCUUUCUUCACCUCUGAUCUCAUGCUGAGUGUAAAGAGAGGGAACACAUGCAGCUGGUAUCAUUGUCUCAAUCUUUUUUUAAAUAUGUGUUUUUUUCUAAAUUAGUUGAAAACUGUACUACUGAAGAUAAACAGCAGGGUGAGACAAAGACUGUCUAGAGCGACCAUGCCAUCUGCUAUUGUGCAUUAUGUGCUCUCUGAUAUUACCCAUUAUAUUGGUUAUACUGCUUUCAACAUCCAAGUUAGUGGAAGCUGUAAUGCUUACACUGAGUGAUUUCAUGUAUAUGAUCCCCACAAAGGAUUCCGUGCCCCGGUUUUUAUGUGUGGUUCAACUUUGGUGAACAGUGACAAUUUUACAUUAUCAAUAACUUUCUAUUGAACUAAAUGGUGUAUGAUGGUGAACAAAGGUGCCAGGGCAAAGUAAACAGAACAGUAGAGAGAAAAUAAAGAGAAGUUCCUGGAGAUAUUGUGGCCCUCAUCAAGCUUCUAUCCACCACCUAUUUCGUAUGGACGAGCAAACGUCACUUUAUGGUGUGACCGCUGCAGAAGCAAAUACAUUUGAUCUUGCAAAAUUGAGGAAAAUACAAACUAUAAUUAAAAGGUUAUCACCAGGGAAAGAGAGAACAGGAGGGAGGCAAGAAGGCUGACAAUGAAGUGAAUGAAAAAUAGCUCUUCUAUAAAGCCCCAUCCUGCCACGACCCAAACCUCCCCAAAAUAGAUUAGUUUUUUUCCCUGAUGAUGCAUGAAGUCCACAUUCCUUACACUUACAUUAUAAAUAAUAAUGUUACUAAAUUGUGUUUAUGUCCAUUGUGUAUUGAAUGUACUUUAUUUUAAACUAUGUAAUUUGCGUAGCUUUUUUGGUCACUAUGAUCAUGCACUUGCACAAUAAAGUUCAUACUAUUGUUGA